AACUCAUGGCUUACCAAAAAAAAAAAAUCGACUGAGCUUUCCCUACAAUAAGUAAUACGGUAAAAAAAAAUGCACAGGAAUUUAAAGUAAAAGCAUCGUCGUCAAAUGGCAUCAGAUGAACGACUCAUUGGCGUCCAUACUUGUAACGUCAUCGAUGUUGUCCCAGUUCAGAAAAGUACCCAUUAUUACAUUGACAGUCAGGCUAUUCUCCGUAAGGCGUACAUUAAUUAACAUUGUAACGUAUCUUUUUUUGGGGGAAUGCAGUGGUUACAUUUCUGAAAUGAGGCAACCUCAAUGACGAAGGCGGCCGAUUAAGUGACCUCCGGAGGGCGCAGCCAUACAGAAGUUACUCUUUAUCGCCACAAAAGUUGAAGAAGCCUGCUGAAAUAGGGUGGAAUUUCCCAUAGCUAUAUCCAGCCGAAAACACUACCUGAAACACUGAAUAUCACCACUAAUAUAUAUAGAUAUAUUUUGCUGAUAUGGCUUGCGAAGCCUCGCUGGAUGACCAGAUUGGAGAAGCACUCUUAAUCGGGGUGGUAAGACAUGAGGUGAUGAGCGUGGCAGCCGAAAUGCAUGCAGCCCCGCCAGCCCUUCCUGAAGCUCGACCAAUAAGCAACUGCCAGGACCAGAAGCUUGUUGAACAGUUGGCGAAGACCAUCAAAGUGAUCGGUGAUAGGCUCGAUCAGGAUAAAUCAUUCAAUGACAUGAUUGAUGGCUUAGUAAAAGUGGCUGAUAAAAGAAGUUUCUGGGAACUUGUGGAAAAGGUUUUCACAGAUGGCCAGAUCAACUGGGGGAGAAUUAUAGUGCUCUUCUAUUCAGUUGGAAAACUCUCUGGAAAGAUGGUCCUUGCACGCUUUCCCACAAUUGUUUCAGAUAUUUUGAUCUUAAGUCUGGAUUACUUCAGGAGGAAUCUGUUGGAAUGGAUUCGCAGAAUGGGAGGAUGGAUCAACAGUAUCUCUUCCUUGGCUCAUUACUCAUUUGAGCGAGAUUUUGGUUCCUCAUCCAGCCUGAUCUCCCUUUCCUCUGGAGUGCUCUUCAUCAGUGGAGUACUGCUGGGUGGCUUCAUUGUCUGGAGACUGAACAGAUGUGCAUGAGGAGGGUCAGUGAAGGACUGAUGAAGUGAGAAAAGGGGGAAUGCUGUGAUUUACAUAUGCAACAGACCAAAAAUAAUGAUGAUCUGAGCAAGUAAGAGAAGGCUGCUUGGCAAUAGCAUGUGUUUUAUUAAUUUUUUUAAUUUAUUUUUAUGUUCUGCCUGUCUGGGAAGUAAAGCAAUAACUAGCAAGACUUGAAAUGUUAUAGGUGCUGUGCCAAGACAACUGUUCACUUUAAUGUCUAUGCCUACUGUUUUUAACCUCUACCUCGUCUAUAAAAUUUAUAUUAGAAAUCUAUUAAUAACCUUGCAACAACAGACUAAAUAACUAUGUACAAUAAAUAUGGUGUACAAAAAUUAUAUUGUUAAAUCUGAAAUGUAAUUGUUUCAACUUUUCCAAGUGCCAAAGACCUGCAUUAAAUAAAGUCCUUCCCACAAACCCAUGAAGGUUCAUGUAAAGGAAAAUCAUUAUUAAAAAUCAUUAUGAAAAAUUAUUUUGAUGUUUAAUUAGCAUGUAAAGGAAUAACAUUUAUCAUGAAAUGCUAACAUAAAAAAUGAACAAAAACAGAAAAGUAAUUGAAUCCCAGAGUAACAUGAACCAAUCAUAACAAACGUUUGAAGAAUCACACAGGACACGUGUUGAAAAUUUUGGCAUGAGCUUUUAACAUUUUUAUUGACUUUUUGAUAACUUUUUCUUUUUAAAUUGGAUUUCAUUUUUUCUAAUUGUUUUUAUUUAUUUAUUUCUUAUCUGUAAUGGAGAAGAUUUGAUCAGGUAGGUUAGCAUUCACGUUCAAACUUCCAUACUUUUAAUAAUAUAAUGAUUUUUAAGUCUCCGUUUUCACAACUCUGUUAAAUUAUUACAGAUUCUUCUUUUUUUUUCUUUAUACAUUUCAAAAAUAUAAAAGGUAAAUAAUAAACAUUCCAUUGAAAUAUAUUU